AUGCAGAGCAACCUGUCUAUUCUCGUGGUGGUUAUUGGCAUCAAUAUCGCCGGGGCUGCCGACUUUGCCCCUUCUUCUCUGUGUUUUACGUACAUCUCGACCUUUUUGGAACCAGUAACCACGGCUGCUCUCCGUCCGGACGCUCUGAAUCCUUCAAGCUCCCCAUCAGAGAAUAUCUCAUUCUUGACAGCCUGCCUGUCACUGCCAUGCAUCUCGGUUCAGCCGCCAGGUUCUACUCGAUCGUUCUUUGACCCCGAUGAAUCAUCUGGUACCGAAGAAGUCUCCCGACCGACCACUGGUAGCUCAAUCGUACGAGUCGAUUUUGCUUCCUCCAGUGAAAUCAGAAGGCCCAAGCCCAGUGCUGAUUCCACAACCCCGACGGGCUUCAUCAUCACGAGGUCCACAUCCAGCCCAGCUUCAAUUGACACCGAAAUCCAAACUUCCGACUUGAGUGUUCAGUCUAGAGCCUUGAGGGACUCUACCAGCACCAGAUCAACAUCUAAUUUAGCAUCAAUAAACACUGACACUCCUGAGCUUGAUCGAUUAGUCGUCUUCUCCAUCAUCCAGAGUGUGGAAGAGGACGUCGAUGCUACAGACAGUUCUAGGAAAAGAGGCUUUGGAGGUUUUGUCGGCAAUGGAAGCCUUCAUAAUCCUGACAGCUGCAUCGAUGCCAGGUCAUUUGUUUUUUUUCAGGGUCGACUCUUUGACGACGAUGGGCCCAUAUACUACCAGGCUGGAGAUAGUCACAAGCCGUUUCGGGGUCAAGAACCGCUCCCUGAAGGGGCCGUUGACACGGGUUUCUUGACUGCAGGAGAUUACCUUCGUUGGACUCAUGUUAGACUGCCCAAUGGCAGAGCGAGCUUCUGUCUGGAACCUGUGAGUGGGCAAGUCUACAUUGCAUUCACCUCUCAGCCAUCGGGAUGCUUGCCUGCUUCUUUGUCCAUUUUAUUAGUCUCUGAUUGUCAAGAUGACCGAUUCGCCUCUGGCACCUCACGGAGUACCCUGGAUGCCUCGGCCACCCCAGACGCCACCUCCCCAAAUGUUGCCUCCACACAUACCACCGUCUCCAAACAAGGUCUAUCGACAACUCCAGAUCCCUCGUUUAUCUCUACCCCACCAACAGACGAUCCUCUAUCAUCAAAAAGCACAACCAGGGCGGUCCCCACGAGGUUUAUAUUCACAAACUCGUCUAGCCCAUUGGCAUCCUUCUUCAUGACUUCGACUCCCCUUGAAAUUGACCUGGCAACAUCGACUGGCCUUGAGCUUGAAGAAUGUCCAUCUAUGACAUGUUCAGUCGCCCCCGGCUCUAUGAUAUUGGGCUCUACGCAGGCUCCUGGGCUUGCCAGCGCCGAAUCCAGGUACAUGGAUACUUCUUCUUCUUCUCUCUCCACUUCGUCGGUUAACCUCCUGUCAUCUACCAGCUCCGAGUUAGAGAGGUCUUUCUUUUCCACCCCAUCUUCUCAUAUUGCGAGCACUCUUCCUACAUUGCCAACAUCCGUCUUUGUGGAAGACUAUCCAACAAGUCUCGACUCCACCAUUAUACUCCCCAAAACGACUAGCUCCAUGGCCACCGAGUGGAUAACCUCCGAAACAACCAACUCAGAGCCAACUUCCGACAUGACUAGCUCCGAGCCAACCAUGACGACUGACUCAACGGCAAGCUUGACAACACUCCCCACAACAGAUGACACAACCGAUUCCACUACCAGCACCGCAAUGGACUCAACAACCUCCGACUCGACUUCAGACUUCAUAACGACCGACCCUACAGAUUCUACCUCAGAUUUUACUACCCAGGAUGAGACGACUACGACCACAAUGACCCCUACCACCAGCGAGUGUAUACCUUUCGGCGCCACUCCCUCUCUCAAUAACCCUACUGUACUUGUAAGCGACAGCCAAAGCGUCGACGACGAUUCCUACUCAGUGUCUCUACCGUUCACCAUUGGCGCCUUUGAUGUCUAUGACACAACUGUCUUCGUCAGCACAAACGCCAUGGUCUCACUGGGAUCCGGGACUCGCGUUUGGUAUUCUCGCCCACUGCCGGCUGAUACCGUCCCGGAAGUCACGGUGUUUGCGUAUUGGUUCGAUCUUGUAUACCGGGGCUUCCCAGGACACGGAGUCAGGUACGAGGUCUUUAAUGGACCUCAGGGCCGUUAA